AUGGCGGUGCAAUCCUCUCUCCUGAGAUGUCUUCGCACAUCCUCGACACCAUUCUCCCGUGCUCUGCCCAUCCGCAGCCACCUUUUCGCAGUCAAUCAAAGACUCGGCUACGCCACAGACGAUACUCCCUCAAAUUCAAAAGCGACCGAAACAACAGAAUCAUCCUCCAAACCACGAACCUCCAUAUUCGAUGGCAUCAACACCACCAGCACCCCAUCACCAUCCAGCGAAGUCGCCAACGCAAAUGUAAAACUCUCCGAAAGCAUAGCCAACAUCCGCAAGGACGUCCAAUUUAUCAGAACACCCGUCCAAAGCAACCGCCCAACCCGCGAAUUCACCAGAAAGCCGAAUAUGGCAGCUGCACGAGCCCAACAAAAAGCCAAUCGGGAAAUGGACAAUCUCAUGUCCAUUUCUAGAGGAGGCGUCUCUGCUGCUGCUACCCGCCAACAACAACAGAACCUAGGAGAUUCCAUGGCGUCGUCAAUCGACUCUGCAGAACCACCCUCGACCCCGAGGUUCCGCACUACGCCUAUGAAACUAGGCACAAAACUUGGUCGUCAGGUACUCGUCUCUGCUGACCGAGGCACAGACGUUGCAGCUGCCAUUCGUCUGGUGCAAAUAAAUUGCGCGGUUAAUGGAAUUAGGAGACAGGCUGCGUUGCAGAAGUUUCAUGUGCGACGAGGUCAGAGACGUAAGGAUCUCAAGAGUCAGAGGUGGAGGAAGUUGUUCAAGUUUUCCUUUGAUGAGACUGUGAAGAAGAUUCAGAGGAUGAGGGAUCAGGGGUGGUAG